AUGAUGGGCUCUUGGAAUGAGGGUCCCCUGACGUCCGUCGUAGUUUCAGCUUUGUCGGAACGACCUCUGGCGACGUACAUCGUGACUCUCAUGGGAUUCCCGCCUCUGAACUUCGGCUCUGUGAACCACGGAACUCGAGCUGCGAUCGAACUGGUCGCUGCCCAUGAGUCGCUAUGCCGUCAGCUUUAUGAGAAGUCUGAGAACGACAUCAAAGCGGUCCAAAGUGUAGGUCAGGUGAGUGCUAAAAUUUUCUGUGACUGUGAAAUUUCGUCCUUCAACUUAGCCAUUUUGCAGAUCGUUGGAGAAGUUCUGAAGCAACUUGCAGACGAGAAAUUCAUUGUGAAGUCAACAAAUGGUCCCCGCUACGUUGUUGGUUGCCGGCGUCAAGUCGACAAAACUCAGCUGAAGCAAGGAACGAGAGUCGCCCUUGACAUGACCACUUUAACGAUUAUGCGGUAUCUUCCUCGUGAGGUUGAUCCCUUGGUUUACAACAUGUCCCACGAAGAUCCCGGAAAUGUCACCUAUUCGGCAAUCGGGGGCUUGGCGGAGCAGAUUCGCGAAUUGCGAGAGGUUAUUGAACUUCCAUUGAUGAAUCCGGAGCUCUUUCAGCGUGUGGGUAUAACACCACCGAAGGGCUGCUUGCUUUAUGGUCCUCCCGGUACGGGUAAGACGUUGUUGGCUCGUGCCGUCGCUUCACAGCUUGACGCAAACUUCUUGAAGGUUGUAUCAAGCGCAAUCGUUGACAAGUACAUUGGAGAAAGUGCGCGACUCAUUCGUGAAAUGUUCAACUAUGCGAAAGAUCAUCAACCUUGCAUCAUAUUCAUGGAUGAAAUUGACGCCAUCGGCGGUCGUCGAUUUUCCGAGGGUACAUCCGCUGACAGAGAGAUUCAACGCACAUUGAUGGAGCUCUUAAAUCAGAUGGAUGGCUUUGAUUCCUUGGGGCAGGUGAAAAUGAUCAUGGCAACCAAUCGCCCCGACACGUUGGAUCCAGCUCUGCUUCGUCCUGGUCGGUUAGAUCGUAAAAUUGAAAUACCGUUACCGAAUGAGCAAGCUCGCAUGGAUGUACUGAAAAUACACGCUGCGCCUAUCACGAAAAAAGGCGAUAUCGAUUAUGAAGCUGUUGUCAAGCUAUCGGACGGCUUCAACGGUGCUGAUCUGCGAAAUGUGUGCACGGAAGCUGGACUUUUUGCGAUACGCGCAGAACGUGACUACGUCAUCGACGAAGAUUUCAUGAAAGCUGUGCGAAAGCUUUCUGACAACAAGAAGCUGGAAUCAAAGUUCGAUUAUAAACCUGUGUAGAGUGCCCCGUGAAAGUGUUGAACGAUUUCUCCUGGGAAAAAACAUAAGCCUUUUGGUAUAAAUGUCUGCCUUUCCGAAAUCGCGAGAACGACUGCCGAGUUCAUCAAUCGUUUUCGCAACUGACUCCGGAGUUUGAAUUGUGUCGUGUCCUCAUUCUCAACGGUACUUGGAAAAUAUUCCAAUAAAAGUUUCGUUUCAUGAA